AAGUAGCGUAAUUCAGCGGUUUGUAUAAUUCAAUCACUGUUGGCCAUCUAACUAAAUAAUUAGGUCAAUGGAUAAAAGAGCGAUUAGUACACGAUCAUAUUCGUGGAUUAAGUAGGCAUGAGAUAACCUUGGUAGCAAAUAAUACAAUAUUUUUAAUUAUGAUGAUGUAAAUAAUUGUGUUAAAAUAAAAUCAAGGAUUUCACUUAUUAGUUUUCAUGUUACAUGUCAACAUGAAUUUAAGCAAAAGCGAAAAAUUGUUGGCCGCUAAGAAAAAGCUCAGGGAAUUUCAAUUAAGAAAAAUGCAAAAUAAUCCAGACGAUUCUGUGAAACAAAAACGUCACUCUGUCAAUUCAUUAUCUUCGCAGUAUCAAAACGCAGAAACUGACACAUCGCAUUUAGAAGGUGUAACUAAUGUGUCGACAAUAAGAAAUCUGGAAAAUGAUAUAGUUCAAGAAUUUCAAAAAGAUGAAGUACUAUCCACAAAUUCAGUGGUAACUUCAGAAAAUACCAUAAAUCAUGAUGAAGCACAUUAUUCUACAGAAGAAACUGUCAACGCAGAAAGUGUACAGGAAAUUAAUACAUCAGAAGCAGCGUGUAAAGUGGAUUUUUAUGAUCUUCCAAAAGUACAAAAAGAACAUCUCUUGGAGAUGGCUUCUGCAGUUGCAGAUGUUUUAACAGAUGAGUCAGAACAUAUAGAAACAUCCCUUGAUACUGAUUUAAUGUAUCAUAAUCAAUUUUUAAGUCCUUAUAUGGAAGAGCAGAAAAAAGUUGUUAAUGAGUUGCAUAUCGAGCUUAGUAAUGCCCGUAGCAGGAUUUCAGAGUUAGAAGCCAAGUUAGAAGGAAAAGAAACAGAAUUUCAGGUAGAAUUGGCACAAGAAAUAGAUCCUUUAAAAGAGCAACUUCAGGUUCAUGCCCAGACUACUGGCAUUCUAAUAGCAGAAAAAGCAGAACUUACUGCUGCUCUUAGCCAAGCUCAACAAAGCAUUAGACAAAGUUCAGAGGAAUCCGAAGAAAUGACAAGAAAAUUAAAAAAUUCACAAAUUCGCAUAGCUGAAUUAGAGAAAGAAAUAUCUACUGUAAAAAAUAAUAAUGAAGAAUUGAGGAAAAACAUUCAUCAAUUACAAAGUGAAUACAAUUCUCUUAAUAACAGAUUUUUUGAAUUGAAGAAAGAAAAAGAAGAUUUGGGUUUAGAAGCAUCAGAAUUAAAGCAAAAACUGAAUUUGAAGAAAACAGAAUUAAUUGCUGUUCAACAAGAACUUCAAGAAAAAACAGCGUUGCUUUCAUUAAGCGAACUUAGAAUACAACAGAUGAAAGUUGCUACAACAACAGAAGAGGAGAAACAUGCAGUAAUUCUUUUGGAGCAAGAAUUAGCACAAACUAAAGAAGCUCUGAAAAUUGUUAGUGUUGAAAAGGAUGAAGCCAAUAAACAGUACCAGAAUUAUGUCAAACAAUUAGAUACCCAGCAGGCAAAAUUAUUAGAAGAGAUAAAAACACAAAGAGGUGGUAUAGAAGAUUUACAACGUAGAGAACAAAGUUGUAUACAAAGAAUUUCAGAGCUUGAGCAACAAUUACAACAAGAAAGAGAAAAAGCAGGGAAUUUAUCAUCUUUACAAGAUCGUAAAGAUGAAACGGAUAAUCUGCUGAAAAAUAUAGAUGAACUUACAUUGGAACAAGAAAGGCUUCACAUUUUAUUAUCUGAGAAGGAUUCACAAAUUGAAAUGUUGACAAAAAAUCUAAAUGAUUUACGAGAUGCAAAUAAUCAAGGAGCAGAAGUAACAAAACUAGUCAGUGCUCUCGAAAGUGAACAGUUAGGGGCAUCGAGAGCAGUUCAUCAAAAUCGACAAUUAAAAGAGCAACUGACUGAUAUGGAAAAUGCGUUUGUUUCUUUGAGUAAUGCUAAAUUGGAUUUAACUGAACAACUACAAGCAGAGCGUUCUAUAGGAAGAAAAUUAAACGUUCAAUUAAAUAACGUAGAAAGUGAGUUGGGACAACUGAAAGAAAAAUUAAGGGAAAAAGAAGCUAUUCUUGAAGAGGUUGAAAAAGAAAGACUUCAAAAUGCUCAAAUAGCAGAUCAAAUACAGCAUUAUCAAGCUCAAUCGCAUCAUGUAGAUACUUUCCAACGAGAACUUCAACAUGCUAUAAUUACUAUAGAAAGAUUAGAAAAGGAAAAACAAACACUUACGGAGAAAUUGAAAGAAAAAUAUGUAGCAAGUUCCAUCUCUGAAGUUGAUUCACAUUCUGUGAAUGCUAAUAAUAAUGUAUUAAAAUCGGGAGAAAAAAUACACGUAGAAAGCUCAAACGAAAAUGAUGUUAUAAUAUCUGAACCUGUAAAAAAGCUUGAACAAAGAUUUAAAGAAACAAUGGAACGAGUUGCAGAACUUACAGAAGAGAAACAGAAGCUUGAACAUCUCGUUUUACAGCUUCAAAGUGAAACAGAGACAAUAGGGGAAUAUAUAACAUUAUAUCAAAAACAAAGAGCUGUUCUACAAAACAGAGCAAUAGAAAGAGAACAGGUAUUUCGACAAUUACUUGAACAGAGAAAUCAGCAACAAGAGCAAUUACAUAAAUUGAAGGUUUUGGUUAGUGACUUUCUUAGCAAAGAAUACAUACGUUCCAAUGGAACAAAAUGUCAAGUUGAAACAGCAACGGGUUCUAGUGAUUCUGUAACUAUAAAAAGAAAAGAGGAAGUAAUAGAUCCACGAGUAGAAAAUAAAAGUGUUUCGGAACUCCUAGAUGUUCUGACAGAGAUAAAAGAUUGUAAAGAUUCCUGUAUGUUUGAGCCGAAUUUUCAUCCAUGUCCUUGGUGUUCCGGAAAGUUACUUACAGUAUAAAGCAUAUGUUAUGUAUAUAUCUUAUAUAUUUUUUAGUAUAGAACAUUAAUAUAAAAUUUUUAAUCGACGACGAUUUGUAGAACAAUUGUAUAUAAGGUAAAAUCCAUAAAAAUUGCAAUUUGUAAGUGAUUGAUACGAAAAAAAGGAAUGUUUUCCUCAAAAGCAAUUGCUCUUUUCUAUAAGGGAUGAGAGAAAAAAAAAAAAAAAAUCAUUUAAGCCUAAAAUAUUAUUUAAGGAAUUGUUGAAGAUAUAUAAAGUAUUUUUUAAGUAAUUAUCUUUUUCCGUACAUUGCUUUAUUGCUUUCUUCUUAAUGGAAAAUAUAUAUUUCUCUACAAAAAGUAAAAAUUAGUUCUAUUUUAGAUAUAUUAAAUAAAGAAAUAUAUGGAAUUUUAUAUUCAAAAAUAUUUUAUUUAACAUUUUUAUAAAAAUCAAAUUUUUAUCAUUGUUAAUUUCUAUUAUAUCUAUAUCCUAUGUAUUAUAAGAAUUCUAUUAUUUCAGUGUAAGUAAAUUUAAAGUAAAAAGUAAUAUUUAUUCUUUUAUCAUAUUUUUGAUUGACCAUUUAAAGAAAUAAUAAAAAAACAUCUAUUACAAUUCAACUUAUACUUUCAAUUUUUUUAGAAAUUUUGAGUCUCCAUCAGUGAUGCUUGUUCUUUCUGUACAAUCUUCAAUAAUAAAAGCAGCUUUCCCUCUACGUCUUCUUUCUAAAGAAAAGGACAAAUAACUUAAUAAUUAUAUCAUAUUAGUUCUAUUUUUAUGAAAAUGUGCACUUUUACAUGCAAUAGUACAUCACCUGCUCUUAACAGAAGUCUUUUACAUUGAUGUAAUAUUGAAGCUUUUGCUUGAACUUCAUUCAAACCCAAUAAACAUGCCAAAUUUAUAAGAUCAUAAGGAUUUCGUAUUGUCUUAAUAUCACUGACACCGCUGGAUAAUAUUACAUUCUAAAUAAACAAGAUAGUUAAUUAGAAAUUUGUUUGUUAUUUAGACAUGGAUUUUAAAGAAAAAUCCUUUGUACGUUUGUCAAUAAAUCUUUCGAUACUUAAUAACAUUAUUAUCUAUAGGCUAAGCAUUAAUAUAAAUUAAUAUUUAUAUUAGUGCUGUUUUGUAAUAUACGACUAUGUAGUGUUAAAAAAACCGUUAUUUUCAUUUAUAUAUAAAUAUUUCUAUACCUUACUCUUUCCGUAUGUAUGAAACAGAUGAGAAUAAUGGAUAGUAUUUUUUCUGGAUUCAACAUUUAAUAGAUCUACAUACUGUAUU